AUGCACUUCAUUGCCUACGCUACAGCCAGCCUUCUCGCUUUGGCCACUUCUGCAUCUGCAACCUUUGCCCAGGUCAACAACAACUGCCCCAUCCCUAUCUGGAUCACCAUCACAAACGCCACCCAGCAGCCCAGCCAAUACGCCGUCCCCAUCAAUGGAACCUACCUGCAAGGCCGUAGCGGCAUCGGCAAUGCCUAUGGCUUGAGCAAGACAUCGGCCUACUUCUCUCCCUCCACACCCAAAUUCACUCUCGGCUUCACCGAUUCCCCUCAAGACGGACUCCUUUACUGGUCGGUUAUCAAUGCUAAUGGUGAUCCUUUUGCUGGCAUGCUGUGGCGCGUCUCGUUCUCUGAUCCCAACUGUCCUCCCAUGACUGCUUAUGAUGGGGGCAUAGUCCACACAUGUGCUAUUGACGCCAACCUCACCGUUACUCUCUGCUAG